AUGCUUGACAUUAGCCCACUCUCUCGGAUUUGGCUCGGCGCGUCGGUGCUUGGGGUGCUUGCCCCAGUUGUCCUUUCCCAGUCACUCGGCUACGACGUUGUCAUCGUGUCGAACAAUGAUUUGAAUCCCUCAAAUCCAAAUCGCGCCAGCGCGUUGCUUCUGAAUGGAGCAUUGACUUGUGCUGAGGCGCAGUCGGCUUGUUCUGGGCUCAUGGAAUCACUACUUCCCGCUCCAAACAGUACAGCCGGGUUGACGACCGCAAACCUGACCUCCACUCUGAUAUCUGAUAGACACGGAGCUGCGCUGGGAAGCUCCGAAAACUUGUGGAUUGCUGGAAGCGACGGAUGUGCUGUCUUCUCCCUGAGCUCGUCCGAGUCUGAAACUGGUUCGACUUUGACCCCGAAUCAGAGCUUACCAGCUCUAUGCACAAACUCUGCCCCAUUGACACGUUCAAAUGUCACAAGUUAUGAUACGACGCGUCAGAUCGAGGUGUCUACCAAUACGGCCGGGAUUCUCAGAGGCUUCCGAGACAAAUUCGUUUGGCGCUUCCUAGGUAUCAAAUACGCUGAAGAUCCUUCGGGGGAUGCCAGGUUCUUACCUCCCACUCCCCUCAACGUGUCUGCAAAUACGACUCGAGAUGCUACUCAAUAUUUAGAGCGCUGUGCUCAGCCGCCUGAUGCAGACAAUGGCCACACUUUGUACGGAUAUGAAGACUGCUUACAGUUGAACGUGUACUCGCCUGUAGUAGCGUCUAACGAGGGCCACGACGACACGGCCCCGAAAAUGCCUGUCAUGUUCUUCAUCCACGGGGGUGGUCUGAACACCGGAGACUCGGGUCCGUUCCCUUUCAAUGAGACGAGUGAACUAGGCUACGUUGGGAACUCGACGUCCAAUGUCUACGAUGGAACGAAUUUGGCCUCCUACGGCGGGGUUGUAGUUGUGACGAUCAACUACCGUUUGAGUGCUCUGGGGUGGUUCAACGCGUCCAACGCGGCUUUGAAGGAUGCUUUGCUUGCGUUGCACUGGGUACAAGACAACAUCGAGGCCUUUGGCGGUGAUCCCACGCGAGUUCUCAUCUAUGGAGAAUCUGCAGGUGGAACUAUGACAAGAUAUCUUCUGGGGACGAAUCCAGCCUACACGCAAGGCUUGUUUAGUGCAGCCAUCCUUGAGUCUGACUUUGGAACAAGCAACCCGUUCUUCUCACCCGAGCUUGCGUUGAACCAGUCUCUCGGCCUCGCUAGGUAUCUGGGAUGCGCAUCAAACUCUUCAACAACUUUGACAGAAGAAGCGGUGUCGUGUGUACGCAACACGUCUGCAGGGGACAUUGUCAUGGCGUCAUACAACUUGAACCUCGCCUGGUCGAUAACGGUUGACGGAGAUUACGUCCUAAAUGUUAUUAAAGACAGCAUUCUCGACAGUGACUACUCACGUGUCCCAACCAUAUGGGCCACCAAUCAAUGCGAGUAUUGUUACUUCCUCCCCACUUCUCUCUCCCCCGACUCUCCGCCCUCGGCGUACGCGGAGUACCUCCCAAUGUACUUCAACAGCACGGCCAUCGACUUAAUCCUCAAUCAGACAACACUAUACCCGUAUGAGACGGCCACUUCGAGCCACAACAUCUCGGGCACGGUGCUCACGCUCGGGCAACUGAUGACGGACUACUACGUGCAUUGCCCGUCGACAUACCUCGCCUCCCUCGAGACGAACACGACGAACCCAGGGAACGCGUACAAGAUCCUCUUCGGCGUAGGCCUCGGCAACCCGAUGACCGCUAACCCGGCGACGUGCCCGGGGCAGGUGUGCCACGCCGACGAGCUCUACUGGGUGUUCGGCACGGCGGAGACGGACAAUGUGUAUCAGCCGCUGACGGAGCAGCAGGUGUGGACGACUCAGGAGGUGAUAAAACGCUGGACAUCACUCGCGUGGGAUGGAAACCCGAACUACGAGGGCGCUCUUGUUGAGUGGCCGCCGUACACCGGCGACAAUGAGCUUGUGCUUAACACGACCGAGACGCUGCAGCCGUAUCAUGUUGCGCAGUGCGACUUCAUCGAUAGCCAGCUGGGUUUGAUAUUUGGAGAUGGGACGUACUGA